AUGUCUUCCCCACCAGGAAUCAAAACCUACACCUCAGCCCCCGUCAACGCAAACACCACGGCAGAAGCAACACCAGAAACAGAAACACAGGCAACAACUUCAAACACCGAUCCCGAACCCGCCACUGCAAUCGAAGCCGAAGCCUCAAAGACAGAUCCCUCCAUACCCGCUCAGCUCCCUGCUACAACGACUGCAACUGCCACUGCGCCUUCCGCUGAAGCGCUUUAUACUACUGCCAGCCCGGCUCCAGCUCCAGCUCCAGGUGCGGCUGCAGCAUUACCAACAGCUACAGCUACAGCUACAGCCGAGCACACGGGCGGCUUAUCUGCGACAAAGACGGUGCCAGAAUCGCUUACUGCUACUUCUACGUCUACAUCGCCUCCACAGCCACAGCCAGGCGCCGUUCCAGAACCUCCUACUCCAGCUGCAGCAGUAACCCAACCUCAAACACGCUCCCCAGUCCCGCCACCGCCAAAAGCGGGCGAGGCGGUUCCUCCAGCUGCUCCAGUACCCGCAACAGCAACAGCAGCACCCACAGGAGCAUAUACCGGGCCAGGAGGACACGGAGCUCAACCCUCGUACGCAAACUCCUACGCCUACAAUUCUUCCCUCCAACCUCAGGUCAACCAAGCACAAAUCCCAAACUCAACAUCUGCUCCAUAUAACACCGUCUACCCGACAUCCGCGGCACACCGUCCCCAGAGUCUCCCGCAGUAUAACAGUAGCCCUUCUGGAAGUGGAUAUGGGUACGGAAAUGGAAGUGGCAGCGGAUCAGGUGGUGGAGCAGGUGAUAUCUUCCCCGAUGAGGAACCUGGUUUUAUGAGUGCUGCUAAAGGGUGGAUGCAGGCUGCGGGCAGUAAAUUGGCCGAGGUUGAGAAGGAGGUUUGGAAGAGGAUUAAUGAUGCUCAUGAUGAGAAGUAG